AAUCGUUUGCCAACUUCUGGCUCCUGCCAUGCUCCUGCUUAUUCAAUUUAAAGCUAUAAAAUGAAAAUUUUGUGUGUGGUGUAUUUACAGACAAUCAGCAGAUAACAUUGUGGUGCAUUUACAGAUAACCAGCAGAUAACAUAGCCUACAAUUUAUACUUGGCCAUUCCAUCACAUCGUGUGGUCUGAAACAGUGAAACUGCUGCUGUUUCCCAAAAUGUCGUCUCUUGCUGCACGUAGCGGCUGUACGUUUCGUCACUUGUAGAAAUACUUCAGAACAGUAAAAGCAGUAAAACAUGGUGAAGUUUGAGCUUCUUCAUUGCAUUCCAAUGCACUGUGCAGUGUGAUUUGUUGGAGACAGCUGGUGAAAGGUGUUCCUCUUGCUGUUCCUCAACACAAUAGAACAAUUUAAAGUAAUUAAGUUGAUCAACUUUUUUACAGUAAGGCUACACAUUUACUUUGUUGGCGGCUAGCUCUUUGCUUUAUAUCUGUUGACUUUUCAGUCAAGACUGUUUUAAAAGCUUGCCAACUGUUGAUUCCUUUGUAAUGUUAGUAAAAAAUUCUUAGAGAUUGCUUAGUUUAACUAUGCUUCUGUUAUUUUCUUAUGCUACAUGUGACUUUGUUUUCUGAUAGUAAUUGAGUAUUUUUUCCCCUAAGUAGGAUUAACAGCCUCUAGAGUUGAGUCUCUUUGUUGCUGUUCAAUGUGUUUUGUGUAGCCAGCUAGUGAAUGGUGUGGUGAGCUGUUGCACGCAGACUGUAGUGCUGGUGUCGUUCGUUCAUUUAACUACGUACCGUUAAGUCGUUCGUUUAUCGUAAGAAAUCUGUCACUUGUCGCUAGUAAACGUUGCUUGCUGCUGUUGAUUAUUGUCCUCAAGUACUUCACCACCGAGGUUCCAGAAAAUUUCACUACAAUUUUUGCUGCCCCGAGCUGCAUCACCAAAGAGCCUGAGUUCUACACCAUGGCUUCCAAGUACUACACCACCAAGGCACCGAAGUUAUACACGACUACGUAUGCUGCCCUAACCUGCCAAACCGUGACUCCCAAGUAAUACUCUGCUUCAAUUACUACACCGAGGCUCCAACUACACCACCAAAGCUGCUGAAUACUUUAACGGAGCGCCCAAGUACUACACCUUCAAGGCUACAGAAUAUUACACCAUAACUUAUGCUGCCUCGAGCUACUACACCGCAGCCUCUAAGUAUUUUUCUGCUCCGAGCCCGAGUACUUCACCAAGGCCCUGGAGUACUACACUACAACCUACGUUGCCCCAGAUCACUACACCGUGGCUCCCAAGUACUACACCACCGAAUCACCUGAGUACUACACGACUACGUGUGCUGCCUCAACCUACUACACCGAGACUCCCAAGUGCCCGGAGCCACACAACCACAACGUAGGCGGCGGAGUACUUUGUAGCCUCAAAUCACUACACAGCUGCUCCUUCGUACUACGUUAAACUAAAAUACUACAACGAGACUCCAGUCUGCUACACCAUAACCUACGCUACAUCAAACUACUACACCGAAAAAAUCGAAUAUUACACAACCACAUACGCUGCUCCAGUUUACUACACCAAUUAUUUAUUGUCUUAGAAGGAGAGAGAAAGGCAAUCGAAAAUCAGCCGAAUGAUUAUCUCCGACACAACAAAUGCAGUGCACUAUUUGUCAUCUACUGCAAUUUUCUUCGUAUCAUUAGUUCACAAUCAUUGGUAAAUUAUGGCGUAAUGCUGCUGUUGGAUGUUGCAUCGUCGAUGGCUGGGACAACAACUGGUGUAACGGUAUCUUCUGGGUAUGGCGGAUAUUAAAUCACAACAUUUCCUUCUUGUUACUGUUCUUCUUGUUACAAUAUCAACCAACGCAUCUCUAGCUUACUUAUUCAUCACCGAUUUGCAAUCACGGAUAUACCAGUGCACCUGACUCAUCAUAGGAAAUGUGAUAUUAUCCUGGGCUCCUGGCUAGUGAUUGGCGAGCUGUUGAGAAAACCCAAGUCUUGUAUUGUCGUGUUUCGUGAUUCGGGAAGUGGCGGAAAUACAGGUGUAUAACCUCGCUCAAAGGACUAUUGUUGUUAACGAUUUCAGGAAAGAACAUUCCAAGUUCCGGCAUCGCCCUCUUUCGGUUUCGUUCAAAGUAGCUCAUCCCUCCCUAGCAAAACAGUCGCGGGUAAUAUCAGUGUCUUAUUCGAACCCCCCGAACAGAAACGUUACCGUGUGUUUGACAUUAAAUAUUCAAAAACAUGUUUUUCGUGAUAUGAGAUUUAAAGUAGGUACCUAAAGGCUUGAAACCUGCUUUUAUUGUGAGGUAUACAACAACAUGAAUCGUGUAUUGUCACUCUUUGUAUCGGUGCUUAUUGUGAUACCUGCCGGGUAUGGUAAUGUGAUGGCCUCGCCCAAAGUUAGCGUGAUCGCGCAUAUGAUCAACACACCCAACGCUGUUCGAUGGGCAUUGAACCAAGGUGCAAAUGGAAUCGAGAUUGAUUUGAAGUUUGAAGGUACUCGGCCCAGUGUAUUUUACCAUGGCUUUCCCUGCGAUUGCACCUGCUUACUCCAGUUCUUAACAAAUCGACAAAACAGAUGUGGCGCCCUAGGAGAAGGCUGCUCUGCUUCUACCAACGUGACAGAAAUGACAAACUUUUUGGGAAGUUCUGAGAUUAUUUCAUCUAGACUCGCAUUGAUCUAUAUCGACGCCAAACUUGACAAGUCGGUGCGAAAUUACGCCGAAGCAGGAGCCAAUGUCGUUCGAUUGUUCAACGAGCAAGUUCUUGCACGAGGCUUUCGUGGCCAGAUUCUUCUUGGAUGUCUAACAAUUUUAUAUUCAGAUUACCUGCGAGGUGCUUUACGAGAAGCCGCCAGAUCUAAUUUCACCGAUCGCUAUUACUACACUAUCGACAACGAAGGAGAUCACGCCUUCAAAGUAUUGGACGAUUCACUUCAACUCGGGACAAAUAAUCUCGUGUACGCGACUGGAAUCACCGCUUGUUUACCUGUCACUUUUCACGAUGCCAUUCAGUACAGCCUUGAGAAAAAGACGUAUGCUGCUGUUGGCAUUUGGACAAUUGAUCAAGAAUAUUCCAUGAGAAGUUACCUGGAUAUUGGUGUCGACUUCAUUUUGACUAACAGGCCAAAAAGAGCUGCCGAACUGAUCGGCCUUGACAACAUCCCGUUACCUGGUUCAGCUCUAAAGGCUAAAUCGUGGGACAGGGUCAUGAUUUCGUAUGCACCUUUUUGGGAAUGCGACUGCAGUUAUUUUUAUCGAUUCAUAGGUGGCGGUUGUGCUAUAACGAAGAUGGCUCCACCAAAUCACGCGUGUGAGUGCUUUUAUAUGGGUGCUUGGAGCUGUGGUGGUCAAACGAUAAAGUGUCCCGAUCUAAACGACCGUUUCUGCCAAUCACCGGACACUUCAGAAGCCUCUUGUUUGUUUGGUGGUGGAGACUGUAACGGAUACUUUUAGUUGUUGUUUUAUUUUCUUCAGAACUGGCAAAAUGUUGGUCGUAAGAAAGAUUUCUCAGACAUGGAAUACUAUUUAAAGUCCAAGUGUGUGGGACAAAUGAUCUUUUCAUGUCCAUGAAAUAAUUCAAAAUAACCAACUUAGCAUAUACAACCACCCAUGCAGACCUCGGGAAAACCCACGCACCAGCAACACUCCGGACGAAGAAAUUUGGGAUAAUGCAUUUAUGAUUGUUCUUUUAUGCUCACGCUACUCCAGUAAAUAUGCGUGAAUAAAAUAACACAUACAUUUUUUUUUAAAUAAUUUAUAUUAAAAGUUGAUCUGUUUUCAUUUCCGUUUUAACCCGCAUGCACAGUAUAAUAUGUAUUCAUAGGCAAAUUAGGGACAUAAAAAGGCGCAUUUGUAAUAAAUUACAUAAGGGUGCAUGCUUAUUAAAGCCGGCAUGGAUGAUCAAAUUACGGAAAAGGAAGGGUGGAUCCAUCGCUGAUUAAUAUUUCAAAGCUCGUGUAGCGUUAAAACAUCUCAGCGAUGUAGAAAACUCGUCGAUUGAUCCUUUAAACUCUUGAAAAAUGUACAUUAAUCUGGA